AUGGCACCAUCCUGGCCUCCGAGGCUCGCCUCUGUGACCCGCGAAGACCCCACCGCGCGACCUCAGCCCAGCGCUCCCGGCUCGCACUCUUCCUCUCGCCGGCCCCGGGAACCACCCCGGAUUUCUGAUUUCGAGCUUCUUGAUGGCUCUCAGAUCCAGGUCGAGUCUAGCUCCUCUGAUUCCGAUCUCAAGCCCACCAGGCCUCGACACGGACGCUCCCUGAGCCAUCCUUUCCCUUCGCUCUUCUCGGGCAGGAGGAAGAAGCAGCCUGAUCACGAGCCUGGUUUUGGCGACUCAGAUUCUUCGGACGAAGUCGUCCAACCGCCCCUGGCAAGGAGGCGCAGCUCUCAGCGGACCAUGCACAGGGCCACUGGAAGCCAGGGUAGCAGAGACUUUGUUACUGGAAACUGCAUGACCUGCGGCUCCUUGGUGCGAUGGCCCAGGGAUUUGAGGGUGUACAAAUGCACCAUUUGUCUGACUGUCAACGACCUGGAACCACUCGGUCUCAAACCAAGGACGGGCAGGACAGGGUCCUGCCAGGAAGGCGAGAUUGAUGCGCCAGCGCACUUGCAAACAUCCGCUUCACCAAAAGAACCUCUUUCGCUGGCUUACACCAAAAGACUCAUCAGGCAAUGCUUGGAGGUUUAUCUGAAAACUGUCAUCCACCAGCCGCAACGCGGUCAGGACACUGGCGUUGCGUUACCAGACAGGUCACCACUUCUCCUCCUACCUGAUGAGACACCCCCAAAGCCGCGAGAAAGCAAGCCUCGCCCGGAUCAAGAGACGGGGCUUCCUCCUUUCGGUUCCUCGCCCUCACCGAGCACCGGGCUCUCCUCGGGGUCGCGGCCUUUCGAAAACAUCGCACUCUCAAGUCGAGAGAACAAGGCCUUCCACCGAUCUUACUCAUCCUCUUUCCCUGAUAAAAGACCGGAUACUCAAACUCUGGCUGCCCAGUGUAAUGGCACUGGUGUCGCCGCCCGAGAUGAGCCUCCCAUGAUUGAAGCCAAGAGGAUCUUCAAGCCUGUUGAAGACUACUUUAUUUCCAGUUUUGCCUCUACACGAUGCCUGGCCAGGUCGUUCGCCCCUCAGCCUGCCGCCACGAGUAGCGACAUGGUAUCUGCUGCUGGGCAGACUCAACAUCACGAGGCUUCCAUCGAAAGCGCGGAUCACACUCUCGCGGUUCCUGAGGUGGAUGCAAAGUUGUUACUCCUGGGCGACUUUGCAGAGAAUGGCUUGUGGUGGACUGGGGCUCAAGAAGACCUUCGGACCAGAAAGGAGUUGCAGUCCCAUACUACCGACGAAAAACCUCUGAGGACAGAUAGGAUCUAUCCUAUUGAAUGGGAGGAGCUGGAUCAAUGGUAUAGAUCCAUCAUCAAUGCUGGCGAGGCAUGGAAGCAAGUCCAUGAUGAAAUGGACAGACCCAGCCCUGCGUUGAGCACUCCUGCACAGCUCGUGCGGAUUGAGGAAUCAGUCCUCGUUGGCCAGGAACACAUGCAAAGAACACUGUUGAAGGCAACAGAGGUCCUUCUGAAACGCCCCGGCCGACCCAUCCUCGAUUGCAGCGAUAUGCGGUAUCUACUCAUUCUCCUGGCGAAUCCUCUGCUAUCUGCUUCUCACCGGACGUUCAGGGGCGUCAUUGCCCUUCCCAGCCAGCAACGCAGACCAUCGCACGCCGAUAAGGACCGUGCCAGAGGCACAGGGCCAACGUCCGGACAGCAUUCCGGUAUCAUCAAGCGCUUGAUCGGCCUGUUGUCCAAUGCACCUUCAGAGUUACAGAACCAACUCGUCAAGUUUCUCGCCCUCUACCCCAAGCCUCGUUUCGGUAGGCUUAAAGACCUCGUUGCAGGCUUUCUGGCGUAUCGCCUCAUUCGACAAAAUCAGAAAAAGCACGAGGCAGAGGUGGACUUGACAGGUGGGCUAAUCCCAAGCAUGGCGAGCAACCACUCUGCAGCAACUCUCCAUGCCGCGCUGGGUCAGCACUCAAGAGCUUCAAAGGCCUCCAAGGAGCCGCCGCGGAAGAUAUUAUAUGUCGAUGAUUGGCAGAUUAAAGCCGCGACUCGAGUUUUGUCUCUAAUCUUCGCUGCGAACAACAACGACCGCGCACGACGGCACGUGCAAGCCGGUAUUCUGGGUCAAUCUCCCAACAUAGGAACGCAUGGCGAUCUCGUGCACGCAAGGGGCCAAUUACUGCCCACGUCGGACUUCUAUACCACGUUACUCGACAACUCUGACCUCAUUGCUGACUUUGAGGCGUGGGAACAAAAGCGAGGCAAAUUUUCAUUCUGCCAGUAUCCCUUUUUACUCAGCAUUUGGGCCAAAAUACAGAUUCUUGAGUACGAUGCCAGACGCCAGAUGCAGAACAAGGCACGGGAUGCCUUUUUUGACAGCAUCAUGACACGGAGGAAUAUCGAGCAAUACCUUGUCCUCAAUGUCCGGCGCGAUUGUCUUGUAGAGGACAGCCUAAAAGGCGUGAGCGAGAUUGUCGGUAAUGGUGGCGAGGAUAUCAAGAAAGGACUUCGAAUAGUCUUUAGAGGAGAGGAGGGGAUCGACGCCGGCGGACUCCGAAAAGAAUGGUUUCUUUUGUUGAUCAGGGAGGUCUUUAACCCGGAUCACGGGAUGUUUACCUACGACGAUGACUCGCAGUACUGCUAUUUCAACCCCAAUUCUUUCGAGACGUCUGACCAAUACUUUCUGGUUGGCGUGGUGGUCGGACUGGCAAUUUACAAUUCGACAAUCUUGGAUGUUGCGUUGCCUCCUUUUGCUUUCCGGAAACUACUCCUGGCUGCACCCACACCGGUCGCGAUAGGUCAACCGCAUGUCAGGCCCGUCAUGAACUACACUCUGGACGACUUGGCAGAAUACCGGCCGCGACUGGCGAGCGGCUUGCGAGAACUUCUAGAAUAUGACGGUGACGUGGAAACGACCUUCUGCCUUGACUUUGUGGUUGACAUAGAAAAAUACGGUUCCAUUGAGCAGGUCGCACUCUGUCCAGGCGGCGAACGCAAGCCGGUCACGAAUAGCAAUCGGCGGGAAUACGUGGAUCUUUACGUCCGCUACUUGCUGGAUUCUUCAGUGGCCCGGCAGUUUGAACCAUUCAAGCGUGGGUUCUACAAGGUGUGCGGUGGUAACGCACUGUCCCUCUUCCGACCAGAAGAGAUUGAGCUCUUGGUUCGCGGCUCGGAUGAACCGCUCGAUAUUGCCUCUAUCCGCUCGGUCGCACAAUACGAUGGGUGGAAGUCUCGGAGCCAGGAAGAAGAGGAAGUAACAGUCCAAUGGUUCUGGCAAUCAUUUGAAAGCGCCUCGCCAAAAGACCAGCGAAAGCUCCUAACAUUCAUCACCGGCAGCGACCGGAUACCGGCCACUGGUGCAUCAGCACUGUCAAUUCGUAUAGUAUGUCUCGGAGAUGAUAUUGGAAGAUACCCGACGGCACGGACCUGCUUCAAUACGCUGGCGUUAUGGCGAUAUGAGUCAAAGGGGAGGCUGGAAAGCAUGCUCUGGGGGGCUGUGCAUGAGAGCGAGGGCUUCGGCUUGAAGUGA